AUGGCCCUGCCAGCCGAUUGCGUAGGAGAAAUAAUAUGUCAUCUUCAAGGGGAUGUUUCUUCACUAUAUUCCUGUGUUUUUGUCAGUCGCUUAUGGUGCGAUAAUGCAACGCGAAUGCUUUGGCGUCACCCAUUCCGAGUAACCAAAGAUCUGCCAAAGGAGAAACGAGCGGCUUUGAUUGAAACGUAUCUUUGUUGCCUAAGUAAUGAGGAUAAAGUUUGUCUCGCGGCAAGUGAAGUAUACGUGCCAUUACCAACGAGACAGCCGGCUUUCAACUACCCGGAAUAUCUUCGUCACCUAAGUAUCGAAAGCUUGUAUACCUGCGUAUCAAUGUGGGUACAAUGUACAAUGAAGCGUAAUGGAAGCAAGGUCACCACUCAGAUUAGUUGUUUACUUCGCAAUCUUUUUAUGUCACAAAGUCCAAUACUUGACGCUCUCUCACUUGAUAUGAAUCCCGAUAUUUGGAAAGAUCAUUUAUCAUUUCUUCAAAAUGGAGCGGACACAUGGCUUUCACGAUUACGGGAAUUACGCCUUUUUGCACCACUUCCAAACUGGUCGAUUUUCACAUAUCUGACUCGGAAUACGACGAGAUUACGAAAAUUGGACAUUUAUCUGAUUAAUUACCCAUCUAUUCCAGCAGACGCAUAUAGCAUAGCUAUGUUCAUUCAAGUUCAACAAUCUUUAGAGCAUUUUAUAUUGGUAAAUAAUGCACAUCUCAUUCCCAAUUCUAGUAUAGCGCAACCUUUUCAUAAUUUAUUACUUGGUUUGAGUGGUGCACAACCUAGUUCUACGUCAACUGAAAGUCGAUGUCUUCCGAUUUUCCUUUCCGCGCUCGCUAGUCGUCAAAAUGCAUUAUCGCAUGCGGAAUUCUCAGGCAUUUCUUUUGAAGGAGACGCUUCAUUAAAUGCUUUAUCAAUUUGUUUUCAAAAUCUUGAAUCAUUGGAGAUAAAUAGUUGCGUAUUUCCUACAAAUGCUAGGUCAUGGGUCCCAACAGACUUACCUGGAUUAAGAAAAUUAAGCUUUUCUCCUUCGAGUGAUUGUAAUUACGAUGUAUUUUUGAGAUUGAUCAAAGGCGCCAAAGAAAAAUUACGUGAAGUUUACAUUGGGAAUGUAGUUUCACCUUCACCAACUUAUAAAUCUGUUAUAGAUACAAUAAUUAUAAAUUGUCCAAAUAUUACCACGUUUGCAGCACCAUGGAGUACUGAUGACAUGUUACAACUUCUUAAUUUGUUACAUCGUUGUGUCAAGUUGCAAAGUUUAACUCUUUUCAAUGCUGAACAAUGGAAUGCAGGAUCAGACAAUAACGAUACAGAUAAGAACGAUGUUAGUAGUUUUUUACCAAAGCUUGGUAUUUCUCUCCCAAACACUUUAAGGCAUCUGGACAUUGAAUUGCCUUGGUGGUUUACUGCAGGUGCACUCGAAUCUUUUUUGAAAAAUUCUAAAGCUCCGCUUGAAACAUUGAAGUUUAGAAAUUCACCAUGGAUUUCUGAUGACCAUAAAUAUCUAGUUAAAAUAGCAUUCUAUCUUAAUGAUACAUUAAAAGACAAAAAUGUGGUUCAAGGAGCAUACUUAAAGGAUUAG